UUAAAUUCAGUAUAGGCACGUGUCACACUUAAGCCAUGUGCGGAAUAUCGGUAAGAAUUUCACUUGGCCCCUCUAAUAGCUCAGAUGUACCAAAACCACCUGGUGUGGAAGCUAUCAAGGGCCAGUUGGACAAGUCGCUUGACCUGAUCGCGCAUAGAGGGCCGGAUUCAAAGGGGAUCUGGGUCACCGAUGACGGCAGUGUUGGUUUGGGCCAUUGUCGCCUGUCGAUAGAAGAUCUCUCGGAUGCGGGCAACCAGCCUCUACACAGCGAAGAUGGCGGGGUCCACGCCGUUAUUAAUGGGGAGAUCUAUGACCAUGAAAGAAUCCGCAAUGAACUAGAACAGAAUCACAGAUAUCACUUCCAAAGCCACAGCGACUCCGAAGUGGUCCUGGCUUUGUAUGCAGUAUAUGGAGCUCCGGCAUUUCUUGAUCACUUACGGGGCGAAUUCUCCCUUGUGAUAUAUGACCAGCGCCAGGGUCGAAUCAUCGCCACAAGGGAUCGGUUCGGAAUCAAGCCAUUGUUCUGGACCAUCAUUGGCGAGAAUAAUGAACGGGUCCUCCUGUUUGCGACGGAAAUGAAAACAUUCCUCGGGAUGGGCUGGAAGCCUAAGUGGGAUGUGCAGUCGGCGUUCCAAACGGGAUGGAAUAUUGAUGACCGGAGUCUCUUCAAGGGUGUGAAGAAUCUAAUGCCCGGAUACUGGAUGGAAGUAGCAUUGCCAGAGGGUCAGCUACGCCGUCACUUGUACUGGGAUUCUGACUAUAAUGACAAGCGACAAGUGGAAACCCGGACUGUUGAGGAAAUGAUUGAGGGUGUCCGCGAGAAGUUGAUCGAGGCGAUCCGGCUCCGCUUACAAGCCGAUGUCCCUGUUGGUAUCUACCUCUCAGGGGGGAUUGAUUCCUCUCUGAUUGCCGGUAUUGUGGCAAAAUUGGUCCGGGAAGAGAAUGCUACGCUUGGCAGCAAGAAAGGACAAAUCACUUGCUUUAGUAUUGAGUUCCCUAACUCACCAUUGGAUGAAUUUGAUAUUGCCAAACGAACAGCGGAUUGGCUCGGGGUUGACAUAGUAAAGUGCAAAGUAGACGAAGCAGCCCUUGCAGAGCACUUCGAAAAUUCAAUUUACCACUGUGAAUAUCAAACAUUUGAUUUGGGCCCUACCGGGAAAACAAUGCUGUCUUCGAUCCCCCGAGACGCCGGUUUCAAAGUUGUUUUAACUGGUGAGGGCUCAGAUGAGCACUUUGCUGGAUAUCAUUUCACAUCAUGGGACUUCCUACUCGAGCCUGAUCUCUCCUGGCCGGCUUCGACAUUGACCCAAGACACUAAGCGUCUCAAUCAAAUGCAGCAAGCAGCCGUAGAACUUCUUGGUCGCCAAACUGCUGCUCUAGGCGUUAAAGGAGAGAAGUUUAGAUGGAACGAGGCCUGUUGGGGUUACCACCAGGUUAACCGAGUCAACAUGCCUAAUACCAUUCUGAGUAUGUCUGGUGCAACGUUCCCAAUGUGGGCGCCCUGGGUGGUCGAAAAAUGGUCCGGGCUUGACCUGCGGGAAACAGUGAUUAGAGCCAUGCCUCCAGCUGCGCGCGAGAAGAUUUUGAACCAGUGGCAUCCUCUGCAUACAUCGUUGUACAUCACUACGAAGACACUUCUGAGCAACCAGCUCCUGGUCUCCUUGGGCGAUCGAACAGAGAUGGCGCACAGCAUCGAAGCACGUCCUCCGUUCCUUGACCACAACCUUGUCGAAUACGUCAAUCGACUCCCGCCCAGUCUAAAGCUCCGGUACACAUCUGACCUAGAUUCCAACACAGACCAGCAGGAACAGGAGCCACAGUUAAUCGAAAAAUGGAUCCUACGUGAGGCUGGGAAAUCGUUUAUUCCCGAGGAAAUCUAUAACCGCAAGAAACAACCAUAUUUGGCUCCUGUAAAAUGGCCGCAAAACGGGCCCCUCCACCAAAUGUUCCAGAGACUGUGCACCAAAGAAGCAAUUGAGAACCUCGGUUUCGUGGACUGGGCCCCGGUCGAACGGGCGCUGCAGCAUGCAUUCGGACCCAAGGGGGACCAGGGGCUGUUCCGGUUACUCGUUUGUGUUGCAUGCUGGGUUGUGCUCAGCCAGCGGUUCGGGGUUGAAAAGGCAACGGAGGCGGAGUGGGCGGAUAGUCCGUUGUAUGACCCCUGGUGCGACAUUUGAUUUGCACUUCCCUUUUAGUAUCAGACUGGUGUCAUAGUUUGUUUGGUUGGCGGUAUGCUCUAGCCAGGACUGGGGCGUAUCCGCGAAGCCAUCAACUCGCUCCCGACUGUAAUAAUAAUAGACCAUAAAGCUUUGGCCAAUUUCCAGCCGGCAAUACACUUAUAUAAAACCCUUUCGCCUCCCAGCCACCAGAAAUCCAGCUCUAGACCCGAAUCCAUUGUUCCAAAGAUAGAUCCCGACACCAUUGAACUCUGUCCCAUUUUCCAGAAUAAAUAGCCACCGGUUUGUAAAUCCCGGUGAUUCUGUUGUUGCGGUGUAGAAAGUACUUUCCAGCUGAACGGAUUCAGAGUCAAAUAUAGAAGCCCAACCUCCCCAAC